AUGGAGUCACCGCCUUCCUUCUCUACACACUCUGAAGCACCACCGUUGAGUGAAGAUAGUGGCCUGCUGAUUACAAGUGGUUCAUUUUCUAGUGACUCCGCAAGUGGAUGGCAUCAUAUCACGUCCGAGCUACAAGAGAGCGACUUUGAGGAGGGCUCGCUGUCGGCAGGCGAGACCGCGGAAAAGGGCGAGCCUAUGCGCGAUGGCAUCUUUAACACGGUGAAGAAGGGCCCGGGCAAGAACGCGGUGAACGCCAUCGAGCCGCCGCCAGAGUUCCAGGUACGUGGA